AUGUCUGAUCCCACCCUCUAUCUCUACACCUCCCUAACUGCGGGGUCGUCCCAUAUCGUCACCGCAACGGCACGCCUGGAGACGAUUCUCAAAGCCAACAAGCUCCCCUUCCGCGCAAUCGAUGUGGCCACGGAUGAUGUAGCCAGGAAGCUUUGGGGCCGUCGCUCCAAGGGCAAGAAGCUUCCUGGCUUGGUGAAAUUUGGCACUGUCGUCGGAGACUUGGAGCAAGUCGAAGAAUGGAAUGAGUAUGGUGAGCUGAGGAUGCAGGUUAACAGUGUCGAAGACAUCGACAGUAUUCCCGCAACUAGUACUCCGAUCGCACCCCCCUCGGCCGCAUCUACCCCUACCCCCGAACCAACUACACUCAAACAAAGCACAAUCAAGAUUCAGAGCCCCCCGUCCAAAGAGACCCCGAAAGACACUGCCAUCACGGCCGCUAUGCGCCAGGCUAGCGGGGAGGCCGCUGCCAAGGCUAAGGGCAGCGGCACUCAACCUACCCCAGUCAAGGAAGCUGCCCCAGCCAAGGAAGCUACCCCGGCUGAGGAAGCUACCCCGGCUAAGGAAGCUACCCCGGCCAAGGAACCCGCUCCGGCAGUUACAGAACAAAAAGAGACUCCGAAAGAGACCCCUGCCACUGGCGAGCAGUCCCAGGCAGGCAAGGAAGAUACUGUACGUGGGAACGAGGCUGCUCCUGAUGCUCAGGCUAGCAAGCCUAAGCGGCCGCCUCUCGUGCCCGAGGUAGCUGCAGAGUCGUCUGCUAAUUUUCAUGCUGAUGCUGCUGAAGCUUUAGGAAUGGUUCAGCACCACCGUGGCUCCAUCAUCUCCGCCACAUCCAAAGAAGAACAGGAAAAAGUUGCACAGGACUUGCGGAAGUCUAUUUCCGGGGGUCAACAGGAUCUUCUCAAAUCCUUGAGAGAAGAUAAUGCGGCGCGGACAGAUCAGGAGGAGACGAUCGAAGAAGAGUAG